CUUCUAAAGUUUGCGGCGUGUGAUGCAGACGAACCCUGAUUCUCGCGUAGAAAAUCAAAGCGAGAUGCCGGAAGAAGCAGCUAACGUCGACGCCAAGCCAUCGAAACCCAAGGACAUACGUCACUACCUCUGCCAAUAUUGCGGAAUCAGCAGAUCGAAGAAGUAUCUCAUCACUUCACACAUCAAUUCUCAUCAUAAGGUGGAAGUUGAAAUGGAAAGAGAUGAAGAAGCUUGGGAGGCUGAUGAAGAAGAUGUCUCUGGUAAACACACUUGCCAGGCGUGUGGUGCUGAGUUCAAGAAACCUGCUCACUUGAAGCAGCAUAUGCAGAGCCACUCGCUCGAGAGACCUUUUGCGUGCUAUGUGGAUGAUUGUACUUCUAGUUAUAGGAGGAAGGAUCAUCUCAAUAGGCAUCUUCUUACCCAUAAAGGGAAGCUAUUCAAGUGCCCAGUGGGGAAUUGCAAGAGUGAGUUCUCAGUACAUGGCAACAUCGGGAGGCAUGUUAAGAAGUUUCAUAGGAAGGACGAUACUGCUAAUGGUGAUAGUAACAAGGAAAUUACUGGUAAUGGAGAUCCUCAUCCCUCGGAAUGUUCAACUGGCCAAAAGAAGCUUGUCUGCAAAGAGAAAGGGUGUGGAAAGGCCUUUAAGUAUCCGUCACAGUUACAGAAGCAUCAGGAUUCUCAUGUGAAAUUGGACUCGGUGGAGGCUUUUUGUUCAGAGCCUGGGUGUAUGAAGUACCUCACAAACGAGGAAUGUCUCAAGGCACACAUACGAUCCUCCCAUCAGCACAUCAACUGCGAGAUAUGCGGCUCUAAGCAUUUGAAAAAGAACAUCAAGAGACACCUACGGACCCAUGAAGAAGACUCAUCAUCACCAGGAGAGUUCAAGUGUGAAGUUGAGGGGUGCUCUUCAACAUUCUCAAAGGCUUCUAAUCUUCAGAAGCACUUGAAAGCAGUGCACGAGGAUAUCAGACCCUUUGUAUGUGGCUUUUCAGGCUGUGCCAAGAGAUUUGCUUACAAACAUGUCAGAAACAACCACGAGAAAUCCGGGAGCCACAUAUACACCUGCGGUGAUUUUGUUGAAGCUGAUGAAGAUUUCACAUCAAGACCAAGAGGUGGAGUCAAGAGAAAGCAUGUUACAGCUGAAGUGCUGAUAAGGAAGAGGGUCAUGCCUCCUCAGUUUGAUUCACAAGAACACGAGACUUGCUAGUUUAGGCAGAUAUGGUUUUAACUCUGUGUAAAGUCUGUGUUUUAUUUGUCUGUACUCUGUAGGAGAACAUAUAGAGCAAUCUAUAUAUAAUAGCAAAUCCAAUUUUGAAGCUAGACGAUGUAAUCAUUUUUUUAUAGGAAAAUAAAAUUUAAAUCUAACGGUUAAGUUUA